UAUUGGCCGUAUAUACAUGGCAAUUUUAAUAAUACAGAAAAUUUAUUGCGAAAAACAUUACCCCAACCGGGGUUUGAACGUGGACCUCCCUUCCCUCUAGGCGGGCGUCUCAACCAAUUCGACCACCGAGGCAUAUAAAAAAAUAUAUACACAUUUACAGUAUGAUUUUCAUGAUUAUUAAAACUCCAGUUCUGAGUACUGAUGAAACCUCUUUAAAUAAUACAAUGUCUUUAGCUAGAAACGUAUCGGAGGUAACUGAUCCGCGCACAAACGUAUAUAAUUACUGAUUUCAUUAACUGAUGAAGAUUUAUGGUUACUUAAAAGAUAUCAAAUUCAUCGGAAACUUUUAAUAUAUUCACAACAUAUAUUACCAAAACUGAAAGAUGGAAAGAGAUUUCAUAAUGGUUUAUCUGGUAUGUCGAUUAAAGGCAAUAUCGAUUAAACAACGCGAUUCGUAAGUAUCAAAAACAUGGCGUUGAACGUGGCCACGGAAAGCAAACGAGCUGCGAGCUCAAAUCCCUACGCCGUUUAUGGCAGAGUACCGUCGGUCGGGAUGGAUCGGACGAGAAUUACGUUUUGCACAGAUGUGGACAAGUCUGUGAUCGUACACAAUUUCGAGAAACGCGGCUGGACGCAGGUUGGUCCGGAGGAUGAUUGGAACUUUUAUUGGGCUGUUACGCAAUCCUGCAGGAGUAUCUUCAGUGUCGAAACUGGAUAUAGAAUGGAUGAUAAUCAAAUCAUCAAUCACUUCCCAAAUCACUAUGAACUCACGCGUAAGGAUCUCUUAGUGAAGAACAUCAAGCGAUACCGAAAGGACUUGGAGAGAGAGGGAAAUCCUUUGGCGGAGCGCGCGGAGGGUCCGGGCAAAUAUCUGUACCUCGAUUUUAUACCCGUCACUUUCAUCUUACCCGCGGAUUAUAACAUGUUUGUGGAAGAAUAUCGCAAAUCCCCGCAGAGCACCUGGAUCAUGAAGCCGUGUGGCAAAUCGCAGGGCGCUGGAAUAUUUCUCAUCAACAAGCUGAGUAAGCUGAAAAAAUGGUCACGCGAAGCGAAGACACCAUUCAAUCCAAACUUGACAAAAGAGUCAUAUGUCAUAUCCAGAUAUAUUGACAAUCCGCUCCUGAUCGGCAGCAAGAAAUUCGAUCUCCGAUUAUACGUCCUCAUCACGUCAUUUCGGCCGCUCAAAGCAUAUCUCUUUAAAUUAGGAUUCUGCCGUUUCUGCACUGUCAAAUACGACACCAGCGUUCAAGAGCUCGAUAACAUGUACGUGCAUCUGACGAAUGUGUCCGUACAAAAGCACGGCGACGAGUACAACAGUAAGCACGGUGGUAAGCUAAGUGUGCAGAAUUUGCGUCUCUAUCUGGAAAGCACGCGUGGGAAAGCGGUCACGGAGAGACUGUUCGCCAAUAUCUCUUGGUGUAUUGUGCAUUCGCUGAAAGCGGUGGCACCGGUGAUGGCAAACGACCGGCACUGUUUCGAAUGUUAUGGAUAUGAUAUUAUUAUCGACAAUAAAUUAAAACCGUGGCUGAUCGAGGUGAACGCCUCGCCGUCUCUCACAUCCACGACUGUGAACGACAGAAUCUUGAAGUAUAAAUUAAUCGACAAUAUUAUGUCAGUGGUUUUGCCUCCGGAUGGUAUGCCCGACGUGAAAUGGAAUAAAUCACCUUCCCCAGAAGCUUUGGGCAACUUUGAGUUACUGCUAGACGAGGAAUUGGCGGUUCAGGAUGAGAGGGAGGGUUCAUUGAGCAAGUAUCGCGGCUCUUCUUUCAACAAAUGGAAAUAGACCUUGUUUUUGUAUAAUCGUUCGCCCCAAUUUUUUCCUAAAACUUCAUCUCAACCGUUUCACAGCAACGGUACUAGAUAGUUGACGCGCCCGUUAUUAAAAAUUUGCUCUGCGUAUACCAGUCGGUAGCAUCUUUAUAUUUUCGCAGUCGGUCUUCGUGAUCAGUUUUUCAGAAAAUUUUCAAGAAGUCAUUAAUUCUUUAAUUUUAUCCAUAUUAUAAAUUUUAAUUUA